UUACUCAGACAACCAUGUUGGUUUCCUGUGUGCUCUCUGCAGUUUUGAAAUCUAACUGGAGUAGUAAAUUGUGUUGUCUUGGUGGAAAUGAGAAAACUAUAAGUGAGAACGUUUAACUACAGUGAUUUGUCUAAGUUACAUAGUCUAGUAUCUUGAACUUUGGAAUGUAUCGACGCGGAGGCAGUAAGAAGGAUAAGAAUAACAAGCCUGCGAAGGAGGAGAGUGAUAGCAGCAAGUAUGCGGAGCUCCUGGUUUUUGGCUAUGCCUGCAAGCUGUUCCGGGACGAUGAGAGGGCUCACUUCCACGAACAGGACAAACACCUUAUCCCAUGGAUGGGAGACAAGAACAUCAUGAUUGAUAGGUACGAUGGGCGGGGUCACUUGCAUGACCUUUCCGACUAUGAUGCAGAUUCCUGGAACCUUGAUUACCAGCUGUCUGAAGAAGAGGCCAGGAUUGAAGCCCUUUGUGAUGAGGAAAGAUACUUGGCUCUUCACUCCGACCUUCUAGAGGAGGAGGCCAGACAAGAGGAGGAAUACAAGCGCCUGACUGAGUCGUUGGCAGAUGAGGGCACUUACACUGCUGUGGGUUACCGCUACAGUGCAGACUACUAUGACCCCUCUCAACCCACGGAGGAGGAGGAGGCCAACAGGGAGGCUGAAGGGGAACAGGAGGACAGUGAAGAACCCUUCGUAGCCCCCCCUGGCCUCACCAUCCCCCCUGAUAUGGAACUGCCAGCAACCAUAAAGACCCACGCCAUCAUUGAGCGCACUGCCAACUUUGUGUGCAAGCAAGGUGCCCAGUUUGAGAUUGUGCUGAAAGCCAAGCAGUCAAGGAACUCCCAGUUUGACUUCCUGUGCUUCGACCACUACCUGAACCCCUACUACAGGCACAUCCUUCGCGCCAUGAAGGAGAGCCGCUACGUACCCAUCUCUGACAAAAAGCAAGCUAAACAGCAGGACACACAGUCCGACGACUCCGACGAUGACUGUGGCGAUGGCAAUUACCUGCACCCCAGCCUCAUGGCACCCAAGAAGUGCUCACGGCUGGAAGAGCUGAUGAAGCCCCUGAGAGUCAUUGACCCAGAUCACCCACUGGUAGCGUUGGUCCGCAAAGCCCAGCAGGAGAAGAACAGCAUAGCUGCUGCCGCUGCCGCCGCUGUUGCUGCUGCUGCCGCCCCAGUGCCAACUCCAACACCAGCUCCAGCUCCGCCUGAAGAAGAGGUGGCUCAGCCUGUGGUGCCCACACAAGCAGAGUACACCGAUCCUAAUGUUGCUGCAAUGUACUAUGGGUACUGCAUGCUCCCGGAUGGCACGUGCUGUCUGGCGCCGCCUCCUCCUGGGAUCGACGCCAGUGCAUACUACGGCUCUCUGCCCCAUGGCAUGAUGCCACCUCCUCAGGCCUCUGCAUUGCCACCGCCCCCAGGGACGACCCCUCCACCUGAACCGAUGCCCAUCGCCCCCCCCAUCCCUGUCACCAUCUCAGCUCCCAGUCAGAUGUAUCACAUCGCCCCGGCCAUCAGCACUGUGACAAGCACACAGCCCCAAGCGCCGGCCGCACUGCCCACGCCGCCCGCGCCGGUUGCGCCGGUAGCCCCGCUUGCGCCGGUAGCCCUGGUCGCCCCGGUCGCCCUGGUAACAACAGCACCUAAAGUGGCGACUCCUCCCCCCACCAUCAUCCCCCCACCCCCAGACAUACAGCCGGUCAUCGACAAGCUGGCCGAGUACGUGGCCCGCAACGGUGACAAAUUUGAGACCAGCGUCCGCGCCAAGAAAGACCCACGGUUUGAUUUCCUGCAGUCCUGGCACCAGUUCAACACCUAUUACGAGUUCAAGAAGCACUACUUCAUGCAGAGAGAAGGGAGAAGUCUGCCAGAGGAUGGGUCACAGGCGCCGGAGACGGACACUUCAACUAACGGCUCCCCUGACAAUCCCCCUGACGAGGGCAGACUAAUUAAAGCAUCCUUUGCACCCAUCUCCUUCGCCAUCAAGGCCAAGGAGAACGACAUGUUGCCGCUGGAGAAGAACCGGGUGCGCCUGGACGACGACUCGGACGAGGAGCGUGCCGCGGACGAUGCGGCCGAAGGGGGUGCGGCGGGAGGGGGUGCAUCAGCCACCACCGGCGGGAUCGCCGCGGCAACACAGAUGCCCAAGGAUCCUGCCACAGCCCUGCCACCAGAGGAGAAGAAGCCCACGCUCACACUGGAGGAGCUGGAGGCCAAACAAGCCAAGCAGAAGCUGGAGGCGCGUCUGGCAGCAGCAGCUCGGGAGAAGCUGGCUCAGGCCUCCAAGGAGUCCAAGGAGAAGCAGCUGCAGGCUGAGCGCAAGAGGAAAGCCGCUCUCUUCCUGCAGACGCUCCGCGGCCCAGACGCAGACGGCAGACGGCCCGAGGAGCCAGCCGCACUCCCUGAGCCAGAGGUCAUGCCCAUGGCUGCACCUGCCACCCUGCUGUUGAUGUCCAGAGUGCCUGCUCUGCCCACGGAGUACCAGUCCAGUGAGGUGCCCGCACCGAGGACCAGCGAGGCGCCAGCGUCGACCUUCUCCGUACCCGCCGCCGUCUCCUCCUCCUCCUCCGCCUCCCGCGGCCCGGCCAGGCAGCGCGAGAGAGAGAGGGGAAGGGACCGGGACAAAGAGAAGGAGAAGAAGAAGAAGAAGACGCACAAGAGGAGGUCAAGGACGAGGUCGCGCUCCCGCUCCAAGUCCAAGUCCAAAUCCAAAUCCAAACGUGGCUUACCCAGUGCCUACCGCCGGCUCAGGAGGACCAGGUCCAAAUCCAGGUCUCCAGGCAGGAGGGAGCGGAGGACUCGCUCGCCCGAGUGGCGGCGGGAGGAGAGAGAGCGCGAGCGGCACGGCGGCAGCAGCACUUAUCGCCUGGACAACAGCGCCGGCCUGGGCAGGAAACGCUCUCGAUCAAGGUCGCCUCAUGAGAAGAAAAAGGGUAAAAGCUCACGGACUCGGGUGGUGAAGGGCUCCUCUCGUUCUCCCUCGGCCUCCCCGGAUCGUUCGGGGGUUAAGAAGCGCCUGAGCACCCUCUCAGCCAGCCCCUCGCCAACCACCAGCCCCACAUCCAGGGAUGGCUCGCAGGAGAAAGACAAACAAGUUUCGUCAGCCAUCGUCUCCUCCGUCCAGUCCAAAAUCACUCAGGAUCUGAUGGCUAAAGUGCGGGCCAUGCUGGCUGCCUCCAAGAGCAACCCCUCCUGAGGACCCGCACCACUGGAGAUGCCUGCUGUGCAACAGGAGAAGUGUUUGUGAAGGAGGAGAGAGCUUCAGAACAACCGUCCUCUGCCUCACCACCAGAAUAAAGGCAUCGACAACACGCACACACAUGCGCAAACAAACACACACAUACAUGCACACACACUAGUGGCCUUCGGCAGGAGAGUGUGCCCCCUCCCCACACACACACACACACACACACACACAGACACACACACACAGACACACACGCGCACACACACACAGCCUGUCUGCAGGGAGGGCAGCCAAGGCCCCCAGUUUGUUUCAUUUGCUUUAAUGUUUUUAUACCCUCACGUUUCAUCCGUUUGGGGUUUGGUUGUGUUGACUUUCUGAUUUUAGCAUUUGUAGUUUUUUUGUUUUAUUUUCACCACCGGGUUUGUAAGUUCUCAACUCACCUGAGCCCCCAUCCCACUGGGAGGAAAAUGGCCGCAGGUAGGAGCAUAGCAGAUAGGAGAACCUUGCUCUGCAGCCCAGGGAGCUGAGGUCUGUCACUUCAAGAACAGGUGGAAGCAGCGUUCAUCCUACACGGAGACCAUUUCGACUGUCCUUCACCCCCUUUAAAAUCAAACACUACGCCAGGGGAAAUGCAUCCUAACACUAUGCAUGAUGUCUCUCAAAGCAAAGAAAUGGACAGCAAGCAAGAAACUUUUAAGGAAGUUAAAGUCAUUUGUGGAUGUACCUGGUGAGUCUCGCUAAAGAAGUGGAUGGUGGGGGGGGGGAAGCCAAUUUCCUCCAAUCUGAUGACUGCCGUUUCUUGUGUAAUUGGCACUGCAGCCAGGGGCCCUACAUUAAUGUCCUUCUGUGAAGGAUUGUAUCAUUUGGCAUGCUUUCUCUUCCUAUCUCCUUUCAUUUUCUAAGCAGGUCAGGUUUUGUUCUCCCUCCCUCCAUCUAAGUUCUACUGCCAUCUUUUUUUCCUUCUGUUUAUACAGAACUUAUUGCGCAGAUGCUUUCUAUAACAUGAAGUGUUAAUAAAGAUUUGAAUGGUAAAUAAAAAAA